AUGUCAACCACGAAUGGCCACCAUGAUCAGACCACCAGCCUUCCUACCUUCACCUCUGUCCGCGAACCUUCGAAACGUCAGCAUAGCUAUCACAGCCAUGUUGCCUCAAGCGAGGCUAGCUCUAGUAGAAGUGCUGUGGAACGGAGUCAUACGCGAAGCGAGAACGAUGGGCAUGGCACCAAUGGCGGCAGCAACAUCUUGUGGAAGGACCAGAUGACCAAGGAUGACGAGGCCGAUCGUCUGCCACAGCAGAACAACACGAUCAGACGGACUAAGAGAGCAUCUGGCGGCUUUCUGCUUGAUACUUCCCCAUCCUCAUCGCGCUUAUCCCGAUCUAUUCAUCCCCCAAAGGAUACCAAAGGAAAGGAAAAGACCGGAGCACAUGGGUUUCCUAUACCGCGGCAGAGAGUUCAACUCGAUGGCCACGACUCUAGAUCGUCGCAGCGAAUAUCUUCUCAUACCUCUGAUGUGCAACCGGACACCCUACACCAAGACCGUUUGUCUUUCGAUCCCAAUGCUGCAGGUCUCGAUUCGUAUGAUUUUCAGCAGAGUGGUUUGAUAGAAAGCUAUCCGAGCGCUCCCUCUGGACAGCGCAAUCCUUCCUAUGGCUUUGACACAGAUCCUACACAAAUAGUGGAAAUGGCUUUGCGCCUUAAUGAAGGUCGCAGACGACAACAAUCCGCAAGACGACUCGUAUCGACCCCUAUCGAACCACGACGUGUAAUUUCUACUGCUGUCUCCAGCCCUCUAAGAUCUUUCUCGACUGCUCAACGAAAUCCAAGCCUUCAUACAAGUGAGGUAGCGAGUGCUUCCCUCGGGCAACAAGACUCCUCGCCUGAGCAAGAUCUGGACAACUUAUCAGAUAACAUGCAGAUUUCAAGAGCUACUCAAAACCGAGUCAGCAAGGCCAAAACAUACUUCGAACUCGCUUAUGAGCAUCGACGAUUGCUCUCCCAUCUGCCUCCUCUACGCUCGCCAGAUGUCAAUUUCGAUCCUCAGAAACCUGGCUACGAUAGCAGGAGUUACAACCCUCUACAGUACUGUCGGAACAGGAAGUUGAGGUUUCGCGAAAGGCAACCUAGAAAUUCCGAAGGAGAAGGUUGGCAUGACGUUCUCAAGGUCCGCGCAUGGGUCGAUGCUGUAAUUAGUAGCCAUGUUGAGACCAGACACGAUCCUCGCGAGUGCGUUCGCUUGCCACCAUUGACUCUACAUGAUAAAGAUGACCAAGACGAGGAAGAGUGGAAGGCCAAAGCUGCCACCAAUGGCAAGCCUCGCAGGCCAAAAUCAGACUGGGUCACCCACCCUGGCGACAUGCUGGCUGAUCAGUGGUGGACAGAGCAGGGCUUGAACAAGCAGAAGAUCUACAAUUGCAACAAUGAGCCCAUCUUUCCACCUGGAACAAAAUUUCGCUUCUCGGGUUGGCGCAAUCGCACUCCCGUCGACGUGCCGGAAGAGCUCAAAUCGUCCUCGCCUGAACUCUCUCCCACUAUUGACAGAAAAGACUCGAUUCCUGCUCCCCCAGAUUUGCCGGUUUUCGAGUCCGCUCACAAGGAUCAUGGCUGGGGACGAGCAAGGUCCAAGUUUGGCCACGCUCUUAACAAGAAGUCGCAAAAUGCUAAACAAAAAGUCGGCGACAUAUUCGAUACUAGUAGUGAAUCGUCGAGUAGCGACGGAGAGCGCAGGCAGUCCAGGGGCAGGAAACGUUUGACGAAGCGUCAUGAGAAAUUUGACAUCCCAGACGGCGAUCCGUUCGCACAUGCAGUACAGCCUAAGCUAAUCGCGCAUGAGGCCACAUCGAGCCUCAAUUCCUCGAAGCGUGGUUCUCGUCACGACUCAAUAAAUCACGCCAAUCCCUCGAAGAAGCAUCAUCGAGAUGGUCCUUUGAUUCGAUCUGACCAUAUUGAAGAUGAGAAACACAGACUGGGCAAACGUCGCGCUUUCCUCAGCAACAUCAGACUCGAUUCGGACAACGAGCGUGGCCGAAGCUCUUUCGAUUAUGAAUCCACUGCACCACCUACGCCUGCUAUACCAAGCAUUGCCAUCAAUCUGUCUCCUCCGGUCAGCCGAUCACCUUCACCAGGCACAAAGCACAAAAACUCAUUCUUUAGCGUUGUGAAGGACAAGAUACCUGGAGUGAAAGACAAGGUUGAUCAUACCGAUUUCGCAGCAGAUAUAAGCUCGCAGAGGUCGAAAGACAGAUCACACUCGCGCCCUCACAUUUUUGAUGUGUCCAGGGGUACCAGCCCAAUGAGCGGAAACGUAGGCAGAGGUACAAGUCCGUUCACUCGCUACCGGACGAGGGCUUCGAUCGACGAGUCGUCACUAUCGACUACUGAACCGCAUAGCAGUACGUUCAGCAAAGCUAAUAUCAGAACGACUCAAGCAGCCGCGCAACGACCGCAUCGUGUUCGUGGCAUAUUUAAAGGUGGUCGCAUAGCUGAGCUUGUUGGCAAUGAGGUGUCUAGGGUAGGAGACUUCAUCUGGAAGAGAGAGCCACCACGUCGUAGUGACAUGACUGAAGAGGGAUCGACCUCUGGCUACGAGUCUGAAUCGGACGAACUGACCGAUCAGGUCGAUCAGGAACCCAAAGCUGCAACUCAUCUUGAUAGACAUCAUGCUCAGCGCUCUCCCACUGGUGGGCAAGCUGCCACACCUGGUUCUCCUGCUGCAAGUCCCGAAACCAGGGACCUGCCGCAAUAUCACAUACAAGGACUGCCAAAUUUCACAUCGCCCUUUCAACGUGAUCGCGAUGAGCAGGAUCGUAAGAAACGACCUCGCAGCCCAGGUGGAACACCACGAAUAUACGAGCCAGCAGACGUGAAUGACGAGAUCGAUCCUGUAUCGACAGGCGCUGCUGCCAGGCGCGCGGAUAAAUCACCUCGUUUUGGCCGCCUUGCGCCUCCCAAGUUGGACAUCCAGGCGGCGACGCCAGAUGGUCGCCGACGUGGGAGCUAUGGCUUUGGUACUGCUCUCAAUCUUAACCGUACGAGAAGUGCAUCGGAAAUUUUCAACAACGCUAUUGGCGGUGAACCAGCUCGCUCAAAAAGUCCAAGCUAUUCUCGCCCCAGCUCCCAGUCACGUUUUCCUUCUCGCUCCGGUGCAGAACUCAGACGCACUGAUAGUGGGGAGUAUGGUGGCCGGACUGGCAAACCCGUUACUGACCGUGACGUUCACCGUGUGCGCUCGUUGUUGGUCACCCUGGCUAUCAAAGCCACUAACAUUGCUGACUUGUGCGAUGCGGUCCCAAAUCCACAAUCGCAGUUCCUAUACUCUGCUUUUCGAAGCACAGGUGCGACGAGCGAAGAAAUCCGCAAACACUUCCCUAUUCGCAGACGCGAUGAACACUUCGUUGCAGGUCAGCAUCUCGUGUCACACCUUGGUAAGCAGGGUAAUAUCUUCAACGAUCGGCUCACCCACUUUACGAGCCAUACCAGCAACAAUUUACACAAAGAAAUACAGAUAUUGGAGGACAAAGCUGACAGUGCGCUAUUUCCUCGCUUGCAAAAAUUGAGCGAUACUGCUGGUCAGCUAGCACAGAAACUGACCACGACCUCGACGCUCGCCGUUAAAAGUGUCAACGACGAAGUCAGCGAGGCGAUGCGACUCAAGAGAAGAGGCACCAUACGCUUCAGUCGCUGGCUUGGUUAUAAGUUGAUGGAGAUUGGGGUCGUGAGUGCUUUGUGGUUGAUAUGGUUCGUUGUUACAGUAAUACGCUUCGCCCUGGGAACUAUCAGAGGAGUCUGGGUUGUGGUUGCUUGGCUGUUUUGGUUGCGGUGA